CAAAACCUAACUAUUAAUUUUGAUGUAUAAAGUAUGAUGGAUCCAUGUACGUUUCAAGUCGAUAGAUGCUACAUGUGAAUGAAUUAGUAUAAAGUCCCUACUCAAACUUUUUCUUAAGAGUCGUUUGGAUUGAGUAUUGAGCAAAUUUGUUAUUUGGGGUUAAUUCCCACACAAAUACCACAUAAUAUAAAACUUGUUAUUUGAUAUGUGAUAUUUGGUCUCAAACAUGUUAUUUGACAAAUACUGCCCCUCCCCAAGUAUUUGGCAAACAACACGUUCUGUUCUGUGUUAUUUUGUCUCAAACCUGUUAUUUGGCAAAACACCACAUCCAAAUAACACAUUCAAUUUUUUUUGUCAGCCAAACAUGUAAUUUGGAGUCAAAUAACACAUCCCAAAAUAUUCAAUCCAAAAUAACUCUUUAAACAAUUUGAGUUAUUGAAAUCAAUUAAUUCUCUAUUAUUAUUUAACCUUUGACCUAUGAUAACAAAAAUCGUACAAACUUGCAAUCCCGGGAGCAAAACAACGCAGUACUUCCCACCAACACCAUAUGCAUCUUUCUGGCCAAAGGUUUUGCAAUCACCAAGUAGCAGGCAGUUUCACUCUAUUACACUAGAGGUCGUUUGUACGAAUUAAUUGACAAUGUGGUAUCUGUAGGGUCAAAUAACUUAUUAAUUGUUUAUGUGGUGAAAAAUAAUGUUAUUUUAGCGAUAAUUGGAUUAAAGUAUCUCAUUUAGUUAAACCAUGCACAUGUGAUGUUUGGAAAAAGAAAAAAAAAAUUAUUUCGAAAUAACUAAAAAGGGUAGAAUUUUUUAAAUCAACUCACAACCCAAAUAACUCAUUUGAGUGAAAUACUGCCAAACAAGUUAUUUUGGUCUAAAUAACCUAAUCAAAUCCCUAAAUUGUUGCAAAUGAGCUCUGCCAUUACAUUACAUCAAGCUCGAAAUUGUGAGAAACCUUUUUCCAGCCGGCCCUAAAUAAGUAAACGAGCAUCUUAUUAAUUGCAAAUCAGCACUGCCAUUACAUUACAUCAACUGUCACAGUUUCUCUAACCCUAACCACUCUCUCUACAGUAACAACACCUCCAAAUUCAAAUCCUUUCCCAUCCAUAGAAACCUUUUAGGGCCAUGUGUUCCUUUUCUGUCCUAGUCUUUCCCCAAACGCAAAACAAUGAUCCUGAAGGUGACGCUUACCAGCCACUCAAUGAACUGGGCCAUACCUAUCCCAAGUUGAUCACAAUUUAACCGUUUAACAGGUUCGUUCCGUUUCAAUAGGCUUGAUCCUUGGCUUUCUCCCUUCAAAGGGUAGAUAUUAAGUUAACGACUUGGCCCGUGCCAAAAAGGUAUCAAAAAACUGUUCAUAUCGUAACAAAAUAAAAACUCUUUUAUCGUUAGUCAGUCGUUGAUUCAUCGACUUACGUCCCUUCUCAUUUUCCUUUUUAAGUUGAGCCUGGAAAGCUUUAGUUUUGUACCCUUUUUAGGAAUAUCUACCGGGAAAAGAAAACAGUUUUAACUUCCGCCCCUCUAUUAAAAGCCACAACCUUUCUCUUUUAUCAUUCAGCCUGAAACAACAUCCCUGAGAAGUGGGGUGAGAAAGCUCAGAAAACCCCAAUAAUGGCGACUUCAGGGAGAUUCGGCAGCGGCAGGAUGAGCACGGGGGAGAGAGUGUUUUCCACGUCAGCACGAGCCGACGAAGAAGACGACGAGGAAGCACUGAAAUGGGCUGCUCUGGAAAAGAUCCCCACUUACCUGAGAAUCAGAAGAGGGCUUCUGAACGAAGACCAAGGGAAAUCCAAGGAGGUGGAAAUCACCGACUUAGGGUUCUUGGAGAAGAGGAACUUGCUGGACAGGCUUGUGAGGAUUGCUGAUGAAGAUAAUGAGAAGUUCCUGCUCAAGCUCAAGAGUCGCAUUGAUAGAGUCGGGCUGGAAAUGCCGACGAUUGAAGUGAGGUUCGAGCAUUUGAAGGUGGAGGCAGAGGCUCAUGUUGGAGGCAGGGCAUUGCCUACAAUGUUCAACUUCUCUGUCAACAUGUUUGAGGAAAUCUUCAACUCUCUUCACAUUCUACCAAGCAGAAAGAAGCCACUGCCAAUUCUUAAUGAUGUUAGUGGAAUCAUCAAGCCAGGAAGAAUGACACUGCUUUUAGGUCCUCCUGCCUCGGGAAAGACUACCUUAUUGCUUGCUUUGGCUGGAAAACUUAGUAAAGAUCUUAAGUUUUCCGGAAAAGUUACAUACAAUGGUCAUGAAAUGAAUGAGUUUGUACCCCAGAGAACUUCAGCUUACAUCAGUCAGUAUGACCUUCAUAUUGGAGAAAUGACUGUCAGAGAAACCCUAGCUUUCUCUGCAAGAUGUCAGGGAGUUGGACCCCAAAAUGACAUUCUGACUGAACUAUGUAGAAGAGAGAAAACCGCAAAAAUAAAGCCAGAUCCUGACAUUGAUCUCUUCAUGAAGGCGGCAGCACUGGAAGGCCAAGAAGCCAAUGUGGUUACUGACUACAUUCUCAAGAUCUUAGGGCUUGAAGUUUGUGCUGAUACACUGGUAGGCGACGAAAUGGUUCGAGGUAUCUCAGGCGGGCAAAAGAAGCGAGUUACAACGGGGGAGAUGAUGGUUGGACCGUCAAGAGCACUAUUCAUGGAUGAAAUAUCUACUGGUUUGGACAGCUCAACAACCUUCCAAAUCAUCAAUUCACUAAGACAAUCCAUCCAUAUUCUCGAGGGAACUGCUCUUAUCUCUCUUUUGCAACCUGCACCAGAAACCUAUGAUCUCUUUGAUGAUAUUGUUCUUCUCUCCGACGGCUACAUUGUCUACCAGGGCCCUCGUGAAAAUGUGCUUGAGUUCUUCGAGCACAUGGGAUUUAGAUGCCCGGAGAGGAAAGGAGUAGCAGAUUUCUUGCAGGAAGUAACAUCAAGAAAGGAUCAGGAGCAGUACUGGGUGAGAAGAGAUGAGCCUUACAACUUCAUCGCUUCGAUGGAAUUUGCAGAAGCAUUUCAGUCGUUCCACAUUGGCAGGAAGCAAGGAGAUGAGCUGGCAACUCCAUUCGACAAGUUGAAAAGCCACCCUGCUGCACUAACGACCAAGAAAUUCGGUGUCAACAUGAAGGAACUUUUGAAAGCUUGCAUCGCGAGGGAGUAUUUGCUCAUGAAGAGAAACUCGUUUAUCUACGCUUUCAAGAUGACUCAGGUUAUGGUUGUGGCUUUCUUGACAACGACAGUGUUCUUGAGGACAAACAUGCAUCACGAGACAGUGAAUGAUGGAGGGAUUUACCUGGGAGUUAUCUUCUUUGGGAUGUUUGUCAUUGUUUUCAAUGGGCUCUCAGAGGUGGCAAUGACGAUCCACAAGCUUCCCGUGUUCUACAAGCAAAGAGACCUUCUCUUCUUCCCUGCAUGGGCAUAUGCUCUUCCUACUUGGGUGCUCAAGAUCCCCAUCACGUUUGUAGAGGUUGCAAUAUGGGUCAUCCUCACUUACUAUCCUGUUGGUUUUGAUCCAAACAUUGGAAGGUUUGUGAAGCAGUACCUGUUAUUCGUUCUCGCAAACCAGAUGGCUUCUGGAUUAUUCCGACUCAUAGGAGCAGUAGGAAGGAACAUGAUCGUUGCUAAUACAGUCGGGUCAUUCGUUAUGAUUACCCUCUUAGUGUUGGGUGGAUUCAUCAUCUCAAGAGUAAAUGUGAAGAUAUGGUGGCUCUGGGGUUACUGGAUCUCGCCGUUGAUGUAUUUGCAGAAUAGCCUCACUGUCAACGAAUUUCUCAGCCACAGUUGGAGUCAUGUGCCUCACAACUCAACUGAGUCGCUUGGGGUUCAGAUCCUCAAGUCUCGUGGUUAUUUCCCCUAUGCAUACUGGUAUUGGAUUGGAGUUGGAGCACUGACUGGAUCCAUGCUUCUCUUCAAUCUCCUCUUCAUUUUUGCUCUCAAGUAUCUAUACCCAUUUGGCAAGCCACAGACGAUCAUACUAAAGGAAGACUCAGAAGAGAACACAACUUCAUGUACAACUACUAUUGACCUGUCAGAAAGAGGUAAUAACGAAAGCGGGAGAAGUAUUUCAUCCAGAACCCCAUCACCAAGAGUUGGCAACUUAAAUCAAGUCAAGAGAAGAGGAUUGGUUCUUCCAUUCCUUCCACUCUCCAUCACCUUUGAAGACAUCAGGUAUUCCGUAGACAUGCCACAGGAGAUGAAAUGUCAGGGGAUCCUGGAGGAUCGUCUGGAGCUUCUUAAGGGGGUCAGUGGAGCUUUCAGACCAGGAGUCUUGACAGCACUUAUGGGAGUCAGUGGAGCUGGGAAAACUACUCUGAUGGAUGUUCUUGCUGGAAGGAAAACCGGUGGAUAUAUUGAAGGAAAUAUUAAGAUUUCAGGGUACCCAAAAAAACAAGAAACUUUCGCUAGAAUAGCAGGUUAUUGUGAGCAGACAGAUAUUCAUUCCCCUAAUGUUACCGUGUAUGAGUCGUUGAUCUUCUCUGUAUGGCUCAGGCUUUCUCCGGAAUCAAACUCCGAUACACGAAAGAUGUUUGUUGAGGAAGUGAUGGAGCUAGUAGAGCUCACUCCACUGAGAGAUGCACUCGUGGGGUUACCCGGAGUGAAUGGUUUAUCAACUGAGCAGAGGAAGAGGCUGACCAUUGCAGUUGAGCUUGUGGCCAAUCCUUCCAUAAUCUUCAUGGAUGAACCAACUUCUGGGCUCGAUGCAAGAGCAGCAGCAAUUGUAAUGCGAACUGUGAGGAACACAGUUGAUACUGGGAGAACCGUGGUCUGCACCAUUCAUCAGCCUAGCAUUGACAUAUUUGAUGCUUUCGAUGAGUUACUCCUACUGAAGAGGGGAGGGGAGGAAAUCUUUGUCGGUCCAAUUGGUCCCCAUGCAUGCUAUCUCAUCAAUUACUUUGAGGCAGUAGAUGGAGUUUCAAAGAUAAAAGAUGGAUACAAUCCAGCAACAUGGAUGUUAGAGGUAACUACAGCAGGACAAGAAGAUGCUCUUGGGGUCAACUUCACGGACAUAUAUAAGAACUCAGAAUUGUACAGGAGGAACAAGGACUUGAUCAAGGAGCUAAGUUCACCACUACCAGGUUCCAACGAUCUCUUCUUCCAGAGGCAAUACGCUCAAACAUUCUUCACCCAAUGCAUGGCUUGUCUGAAGAAGCAGCAAUGGUCUUACUGGCGAAACCCGCCUUAUAAUGCUGUGAGAUUCCUCAGCACAACAUUCAUAGCUCUUAUGUUUGGGACAAUAUUCUGGAAUCUAGGCUCUAAAAGAGGAAAGCCUCAGGAUAUUCUGAACUCAAUGGGUUCCAUGUUUGCAGCAGUUCUGUUCAUAGGAUUCCAGAACAAUACAGCAGUGCAACCAGUCGUAUUCAUAGAGAGAACAGUUUUCUACAGAGAAAGAGCAGCUGGGAUGUACUCCGCAUUGCCAUACGCCUUUGGACAAGUGGUGAUUGAAAUUCCAUACAAUCUAAUUCAAACCCUCGUCUAUGGAGUCAUAGUAUACACCAUGAUUGGUUUCGAGUGGACGGCAGUCAAGUUCUUCUGGUACAUGUUCUACAUGUACUUCACAUUGAUGUACUUCACUCUUUAUGGGAUGAUGACGGUUGGCAUCACUCCAAACCACCACAUUGCUGCCAUAAUUUCAACUGCCUUCUUUGGAUUUUGGAACCUGUUCUCAGGCUUUAUCAUGCCUCGCCCGAGGAUACCAAUCUGGUGGAGAUGGUACUAUUGGGCAUGCCCAGUUGCUUGGACAUUGUACGGACUGGUGGCUUCACAAUAUGGUGACAUUGCAGAGACCUUUGAUGGUAGCGACGAAACCGUAGAGGAGUUCCUCCGAGACUACUUCGGCUAUCGACAUGACUUCGUUGGGGUAGUUGCCAUCGUUCUUGUGGGAAUUUCAUUCCUUUUUGGCUUCAUGUUCGCAGUCUCCAUCAAGGCCUUUAAUUUCCAGAAGAGAUGAGACAAGUUUCCAAAUAUCUGUAUACGGUAAGCAGCUGCCUAUAUGUUGAAGUAACAUAAUGCAAAAUUAGUAAUUACCUACACACCAAAUUUGUAUCUUCGAUCUUCCUUCUCCUUUUUGCUUGUUCUGCUAUUCAACUGCAGUUUUACCAAAGAACAUGCCAAUCAUGAUCUCAUCUGAAGUGCCCUUGAACUGAAAAGGGUUACAUCCAAACAGAAAUAUAGCAACUAUAACUCUUGAAAUCUUCAUAGUAUGAAUGACCUGUUAACAAAAAUAAAGGAACUUCACCCUACACCAUGCUACCAAACAUUACACAAACUUCCAUGCCGAACAAGUUAAACAAAGAGGGAAAAAGUCA